GUUACCAAAAACAAAAAACACCACCUGGAAAGAAGCAAGAAUAGAGAGAUUCUAGAGAGAAUCUAGUGAGAGAAAGAAAGAAAGAAAGAAAGAGAGAUCUCAUUAGAUUCACUGUGUUCGUCUUUUUUUGAAUCUUUUUUCCGUCUUUUUUUAUUAAUCAGUACUAGGUUGAGAAGAGGGAAAAUUGAAUUUUUCUCUUUUCUAACGGUUUCAUAAAUUCUUGUUUUUCUUUUUGGGAAUUUUUUUUUGAUAUUUUUGGUUGGGAUUGAGGAAUUUAGGGUUUUGUUUGUGUGAGGAAUCAGCAAUCAUGAAUAUGAUGCGACGCCUUAAGAGCAUUGCUUCUGGGAGGACUUCUAUUUCUUCAGAUCCUGGAGGGGAUUCUAAUUCCAAAAGAGCUAAGCUUGAUCAAGAAACUGAAAACAAUGGCAAUGAGGAAACAAAUACUUCAGGGAGAAAUGAUCGGGAGCAGCGUGUGGAUGCAUCAAAAGAAACAACCGUUGGCACAUCCACUGUAUCUACAGUAACUAAAACUGAGAAGUCAGGUUUCGAUCAACUUCCAAAAGAAUUACAUGAAAUGAAAAUUAGAGAUGAGAAAAGCAAAAACAACAAUGAAAAGGAUGUAGCAGCAGCUACAGUGAGUGGCAAUGGGACAGAAACAGGUCAAAUUAUUACAACUACUAUUGGUGGUCGAGACGGACAACCAAAGCAGACAAUCUCAUACAUGGCUGAACGCGUAGUCGGAACUGGUUCUUUUGGCGUUGUUUUUCAGGCCAAGUGCCUUGAAACUGGUGAAGCGGUUGCCAUAAAAAAGGUGCUGCAAGACAAGAGGUAUAAGAAUAGGGAACUCCAGGUUAUGCGCAUGGUUGAACAUCCUAACGUUGUUAAGUUGAAGCACUGUUUCUAUUCCACAACUGAAAAAGAUGAGUUGUACCUUAACCUUGUUUUGGAGUAUGUGCCUGAGACUGUUUACAAAGUUUCAAAGAACUUUAUUCGGAUGCACCAACAUAUGCCUAUCAUUUACGUGCAACUGUAUAUGUACCAGAUAUGCCGUGGAAUUAAUUAUUUACAUGAAGUAGUUGGCGUCUGCCAUCGAGACAUCAAACCUCAGAAUCUAUUGGUCAAUUCCCAGACACAUCAAUUAAAGAUAUGUGAUUUUGGGAGUGCAAAGCAGUUGGUGCCUGGUGAACCCAACAUAGCAUACAUAUGCUCUAGAUAUUAUAGAGCUCCGGAACUUAUAUUUGGAGCAUCUAUAUACACUACUGCUAUUGAUAUGUGGUCUGUUGGUUGUGUUUUGGCUGAGCUCCUUCUAGGACAGCCAUUGUUUCCUGGACAAUGUGGGGUUGAUCAGUUAGUGGAGAUCAUUAAGGUCUUGGGAACGCCAACCAGAGAAGAAAUAAGGUGCAUGAAUCCAACCUACAAGGAAUUUAAGUUCCCGCAGAUUAAAGCGCACCCAUGGCACAAGAUUUUUCAUAAGAGAAUGCCAUCUGAAGCAGUGGAUUUAGUUUCAAGGUUGCUUCAGUAUUCACCACAUCUACGGUGUACCGCUUUGGCUGCAUGUGCACAUCCAUUCUUCAAUGAUCUGCGAGACCCAAAUGUUAGCUUGCCAAACGGGCAACCACUACCUCCUUUGUUCAACUUCACGCCUCAAGAACUGGUAAAUGCGCCCGAAGAGCUGCGUAAACGCCUCAUCCCUGAGCAUGCAAGGAGUUAAAAUGAUUCAGUCAUUGAAACAUCUAUAAAAGGGCAUUGUAAAUGGGUUUUGAAUUAAUAGAAUGCCAUCACAGCCUUCACAGUUAUGACUAUACAACUAAGGAUGUUUAAACACCUUGCAACCUCUUUGAUGGGACCAUGUGAAGAUAAUCAAGACAUGAAGGUCAUAUAACAUACGAUACUCGUUAGUGUUUGAAUUGCAAACUCUUUGUAUGCAUUGGUUCUCAAAGUUAGUGGAGUUUGAACAAUUAUGUAAUUACGUUUCUAUAUAGUUCAAGUUCUUUUAUUCCUUCAAAUGAACCACGUCGGAUCUUCAAUUAGUUGGCAAAGCUUUUCUACUAAUCCUUUAUUCUAUAAUAAUGGAUUUGACUUGACUA